CCUAACCUUCACGACCUGCGACGAUUUCUUUGUUUCUCUACUUUAUCUUCUGACGAGCCGACUGGGUUUUUUUGCGAUGAAGUCUAUCAGGAAGUCCCUCAACGGGCACAAGGACUCGGUUCGCAAUCACAUUUCGACUCCCAUACCACUGCCUUCAGUGUCCAAGCCCCCUACAUCCAUUAUGCCACCCCAGAAGGUCAUCAGGGCCAUCUCGCCGUACCGGCCACAGGCACCCCAGGAGCUGCCUUUCAAGAAGGGGGACUUCUUCUAUGUGCUUGGCGAUGUUGAGCACCAGGGGUCUUGGUACGAGGCGCACAACCCAGUUACUGGUGCUCGUGGUCUCGUCCCAAAGGCAAUGUUUGAGGAAUUUAACAGAACUUCUUCAAUACAUUCCAGUUACUCGACUCUUGCUCCUGAGGUCGCUCCAUCUUCUAGCACUUUGUCAACACCCGGCAAGAUAAAACCGUCAAAAACAUUCUAUGCCGUCGUUUUACAUGACUUUGAAGCCGAGCGUGCUGAUGAGCUUGAUGCUAAGCAAGGUGACAACAUCACCGUCGUCGCACAGUCUAAUCGCGAAUGGUUUGUGGCCAAACCAAUCGGUCGCCUGGGCCGCCCAGGCCUUAUACCCGUUUCCUUUGUCCAGAUCCAUGAUCCAACCACUGGAAUUCCAGUUCCCGAUGUCGAUGCACUCAUGGAUGGUGGAGAACUGCCCAAGGUCGAAGACUGGAAGCGCGCCAUGUUUAAUUACAAACAAAACAGCAUCUCUCUCGGUGUCAUCGAUUCGCCCAACAACCGUGAAUCCGUUCCUAACAGUCCAUUUGUCACCCAUGCUCAGUCGCCUCGACCCAACGAACCCGAUAACGUCCAAGGCCCUUCGCCUCACAAGCACUACCCCGACAUACAGUCACAGGAACCGGAAUGCCUCCCUGAAGGCAUUCUCCUUUCUGCGGAUGUGGUCUCGUUUCACUUUGAAAUGGAGGAGUAUUGGUUCCGGAUCGAUGCCAUCUUCCAACCUUACCCUCCUUUAGGCGAGAAGCAUCUUCCACCGGCAAAACACUUGAUUCUAUUUCGGAUAUACAACGACUUUUAUGACUUCCAAGUUUCUUUGCUCAACUCGUUUCCACAAGAGGCAGGUCGCGAAGAACCUAACUCGCGUAUAUUGCCCUUCAUGCCCGGGCCAGCCUCAAGUGUCGAUGAUACUCUCACGGCGACUCGAAGAGCUGAGCUGGAUGACUACUUGCACCGCCUUUGCAAUUUGAGCAAUGAUGGCGCAAAAUAUAUCCUGGAACACCGUGUUGUCAGGGAGUUCCUGGCACUUAAGCCUGGUGACGUCGAACAACCAGCGGAAGCGAGAAUUGGGGAGGUUGAUGCGUUGAUAAACGACGAUUUGUCGAGGGAAAUCGAAGAAUACGGAAGCGAAGUCCGUGAUACACUUGGUCGGAUGCGGAUAGAUGAAUAUGGCGACAAAAGUGACGGAUCAGAUUAUGAGGAUGAGGGGUAUGCUCCCUCUCCGCAGCGCCAGGCUCAGGAGCAGUAUUCAUAUGAGCGACAUCCGUAUGGUCCCAACAACGGACACCGACCGGCCGACGAAAUGAAUCUGCGCCUACAUGCCCAUGCCCAGAAUCACCACCAACAGACCCAAUCCACAUCCUCGUUGAAUCGUGCACCGUCCCCUUAUGCGUCCAACUCGCGGUCAAACUCCCCCAUUCCCGAACGGAGUCACUCGCCUCAAUACAGUCAACCGCGGUGGAAUUCGACUGCAUCGCAUCAUGCUUCUGCGUCGACAUCUUCCUUGCGGAAUUCCCAGGCGGGCACCGGUACACGCUCGAGAUCACACUCUACGUCGACGACUCCGGCAAUCUCGCACACGAAUCCUCAGACUGCGUUCGUGAAGAUCAAGAUUUACGACGAGCAUUCAGAGGAUCUGAUUGCGAUACGGGUGCAUCCCAAGGUGACCCGAGCGGAGUUGAUGGAAAAGGUAAAGACUCGGCUGGGUCCAAACGUCGCGGAUCUGCGAUACCGAGACAGUAUGACGAACCAGUUUGUGGGUUUGCAGGACGAUGGACAGCUGAGGGCUUGGAUAGAAGGGACGGACAAGCAUGUUCUAUACGCUGCUUCGCCGGCGCUGGAAUGAACUGUUACAAGACUUUGUAUGUUUCCUCAUUUUGCUUCUUCUCUCCAAGUUCUUUGUCUUUUUGCUCCUUUUUAUUUCCUUCGAUUUCUUGUAUUUCUCUUGAACCAUAGGUAUAUGUAAUAUGGCUACAUUGACUACGGCUAUUAGUUUGUUCUCUUUUAUGAUUUAGUCACAUUAUUGUGAAUUACACAGCGAUGUAGGAUGUUUUCAUGUAACCAUUCAAGCUAAGAAAUAAUUAG